CACGCACACAGCCACAAGACGAUGCUGCCGCCGUAGCGUUGGACGGUGUCGGUACCAUCGUCGCCAUCGUUUCGUCACUCGUGGUCCGUGCAGCGUGAGAAACGACCGUGUGAGCCACGGCUGAACAACGAGAGCAUCCGCUUCUCGGGAAAACGCUCUGCGGUCCUGUUUUCUUCGCUGGCAACUGAGGAAGAAAACGCCUCGUCCGUCAAAUAACGCUUGGUCUUCGGAGUGCAAGAAUGAAAGGCCAGCGGCCAGUGUUGAGCGUGCAGAAGGAAAAAGGCAGAAAUUGAAUUCGUCAUUCGUGAAUGUGUUAUACGAUCGGUGUACGGUUCGCGUUUAAUUGUGACGGUGUAAUUAGUGUGCCGUGUGCGCGUGUGUGCUCUCGCAGAGUGUGUAUGUGCAUAUGUUUAGGUUUGUGCGUCCUUGCGUGCGUGAAGUUAAGCGUGAUGUGAAAAGCACGCUGAAAUGCGAAGGGAAGCCAAGUGAGAUGAAGCAGAAGAAAGGGAAGAAAAGUGAAAAGGAAAGCGUCAAUUUCAGCAGUGUGUGAAGGCCUGUUGCAACGCGCACCGUAAGCACAGCAGGCGGGUUUAGGUAAUGUCAUGUGAACAUCUAAAUGCGCCCGGAAAAGCAAGCUUUGAGUGUAGCAGAAGCGAAACCAGAAGGAUCUCAGAGUGUAUCGCAGAUCGUCUGAUGGUGCUGCGUGUGCCGCACAGGAAAUCCUUUUGAAAGCGUGUUAAAAACCGAGCAGUGUAUUCGUUUCGUAAAAUCGUGUCGUCGUGAGUUUGUGUCAAACUGUGCAUAAUGCCGAUAUCGAUACGUUUGCGAUGUGCGGCUUGUAGUAGAGCAGCAGCGGCAACAGCAGCGGUUGCCGAUCAGAAGCAGCAGCAGCAACAACAACAGCAGAAGAGUUAAGAGUGGGACACGGACACACUCGACCACUCUCCAUCAUCAGCACAGAGGAGAGAAGCAGCAAAAUCCCAGAAGGCGGCUCCUCUGAAUCGUUCGCGAAAAAAGGGAAGCCGAAAAGCGAGGGAAGCAGUCUAGGAUAUAAUUCCCUUCGAACACCGCGUCCACAGUCCGCGUGGGUACGAUGGGUGAUCAGAAGAGUCAAAAGAACGGCUCGGGAGCAGCGGCUGGCAAUAAUAAUGGCGGUGCAGGCGCUGGAGGUGGACAUUCGGGAGUUGCGGCAUCGGCAGCUAACACUGGCACCAACACCACAACAACGGCGGCAGCUUCGGCGCCAGUGACAACGCCGCAACAACAGCAACAGCAACAACAUCAGCAACAACAGCAUCAGCAGCAUCAUCAUCAACCGCAUCAUCCUCAGCAUCAUCUGCACCACCCUCACCACCUACACCAGCCGCCGACACACCCGCAUCCGCAUCCACAUCACUUACCGCCGCACCAUCCGCACCACCCGCAUCCGCAUCAUCCACCACACCCGGGAGGACCUCCGCCAGGACCGCCGGGAGCGGAACAGCACGGUGGCGGUCACCACGGGCAUCCUCCGCCCCCGCCACCCGGUGCUGGGAUGCAUCACUCACCGUACGACCAUCACCAUCCGGUUCCGGUUUCGGGUCCCGGCGAUCAGGGUGGCAGUGGUAGCGGUAGCGGGAAGGAUGACGGAGCAGGAGCAGGAGGAGGAGGAGGAGGUCCUGCAGCGCAGCAUGGUCAUGGUCCACCACCACCACCACCCAUGGGCCAUCACCAGGCGCAGCAGCAGCAGCCUCCGCAACACCAUCAGCAACACCAUGGUUACGGGCAGCCGCCGCCACCUCCGAUGCAGCAGCAACAGCAGCAUCAGCAACAGUACGCACCGCGGGCGUACCAUCAUCAUCCCCAUCAUCCGCACCAUCCGCACCACGAUCCGAACGGGCAACCGAUCGGUGGUGCACCACCCGGUGGUGAUCCGUACGCCCACUAUCACCACCGUAUGGGACCGGCGGCGGCCGCGGCCGCAGCAGCAGCCGCCGCAGCCGCUGCAGCAGCGGGCAGUAGCGGUGCGCCACCGGGCAGUGGCAGUGGCACUCCUCCUCCCGGGCCUGUGCCUGGUCCGGGUAGCGGUGGUAAACCGGCGGCUGCGGCGGCCGCUGCCGCUGCAGCUGCUGCAGCAGCAGCCGGUGGAGGAAGCCCGAUGCACGGCCGGCACCAUCAACGGUACAUGACACAGCCAGGCGGUGGUGCAUCAGCCGGCGCCCCUCCCGGUGUUGGAGGGCACGGUGGAAGUGGUCCGCCGCCGCCAGGUCAACAGCCUCCCGCUGGCCCGGUUGGAGCAGGAGCGGGUGGUGGGCCAACGCCUACGCUUAACUCGCUGCUACAGUCCCAUCCGCCGCCUCCGACACAUCCGGGCGCUGGGCCACCACCACCACACCAUCGAUAUCAUCCGCCCGGUGGUUACGAUCCAUCGGGCGCACCAUCGCAGGGUGGACCACCGGGGCCACCUGGUCAAACACCGCCACCACCUCCCGGCUCGACCGGUGGACCUCCUCAGGGACCG